AUGAGGCCUUUGGUUUCCCUCCUAGUGUUCGUUAGCGGUGUGGCGGCCGCCCCGUCAAAGUCGUGUCCAACCCCCACGCCGCUUCCCACCGUCGACCUCGGAUAUGAGAUUCACCAGGCCAUAUCUUUCAACGAAACCGGCCAGUACUACAACUUCUCCAAUAUCCGAUACGCCAGACCUCCCACUGGCGAGCUCCGGUUUACCGCACCCCAGCCCCCAGUGAAGAACCGCAAAGCCAUCCAGAAGGGUGACAUCGGUUCAUCAUGCCCACAAGCAUUAGCCGAGUGGUACGCCUGCAACUUGGCCCUGCAAAAACAAGUGAUCAAAUCACCCAGCGAAUGCGGCAGACAUCUCAUCCCCCCACCAGACCCCCUGGAGCGGGAAGACUGCCUCUUCCUGGAUGUCAUUGCUCCUCGCGCUGUCUUCGAUGAGCCCUCCAAGAAGGUUCCCGUCAUGGUUUGGAUCUAUGGCGGCGGCUAUGCAUUUGGUCGAAAGGGGCUGGAUGGCGAUCCGUCUGGGUUGAUUGAGCGGAGCAAGGAGGUUGACCCUGAUGGCCGCGGCGUCAUUUUCGUCACUUUCAACUACCGAGGCGGAGCAUUCGGUUUCUUGUCUGGCCCCAACGUCAGGGCAAAUGGCACUGCCAAUGUCGGGCUGCUCGAUCAACGCCUGGCAUUGGAAUGGGUACAAGACAACAUCCAUCUCUUUGGAGGCGACAAAGACCGGGUUACAGUCUUCGGUCAGUCAGCCGGAGGUGGUUCCAUCAUGCAUCAGAUCACUGCCUAUGGUGGUCUCCGUGGCCGAGUCCCCUUCCAGCAAGCCAUCAUCCAAUCCCCUGGAAUCCCUCUCCUCCCUGGCAACAAGCAGCAGGAUGAUCUACUCCAAGAUUUCCUUGGCAGAUUGAACGUCUCAACCAUCCAGGAAGCUCGCCAGCUCCCUUACGAAGCCUUAUACAAGGCCAACGCCGACAUGGUAGCCAUCUCUCCCCAAGGCACUUUUACCUGGGCACCUGGCCCCGACGGAUCAUUUGUCCCAGGUCUCCCAGGUACCCUUCUAGCCCAGGGUAGUUUUGAUAAGUCUGUCAAGAUCAUGACUGCGUUCAACCACAACGAGACCGAGUACUUCACCAGCCGGGACAACGUUAACAAUACCGUCUUUGUCGACAACCUCGAGGCCACGUUCCCGGGCGCUCAGAAGUCUGUCAUCGACCAUAUCUCCAAGAAACUUUAUCCACCUAUUUUUGACGGAAGCCAGCCAUACAAGGACUUCUUCACCCGCGCCAAGCUGUCCCUGGCUGAGGCUGGUUUCGUGUGCAACACGCACUACCUACAAAAGGCCUUCAGUCGCCUCGGUUCCACCUAUGGCUAUAAGUUUAGCGUCCCACCUUCUUUCCAUGGCCUCGACGUCUUCUUCACCUUUUUCAACGGACCGAGCGAAGUUGUUCCCGCUUCUGCAGGCCCUCUUGCUCUCAUGCUGCAGCGAUAUCUCGUAUCCUUUGCCCUCACUGGUAAGCCAAACACUCAGGCCGAGCUUGGUAUGCCAGUGUAUGGCCCAAAGGGCCAGUUGCUUGAGUUCACCGACAGUGGCCUCGAUAUUAUCCCGGACCCUAGCCACAACAAGAGGUGCGAAUGGUGGCAGAAGGCACUGUACUUCUAA